UACGACAGGUUGCCGACGCAUGGUGUUGGAAACCAGACGAUAAAACGCUGACAGGCGUGUCAUGUGGUGGAACGUCUGUUCGUGUUGUUAACUGGGGUACUGUCUACUGGCGACAUCUCUGUGAAACGGACAUUCAUUGUCACACGAUAUGGGCAGUUUCACGUGAGUGUCAAGUGAUCAUGUGAUCCAUCUGCUCUUCCCGCAAAGCUCUCCAAGUGUAGCAAAUAGACAGCUAUCUAUCCAAGUGUACCAGGAAAGCUAUGUAAGUGUACCAGAAGGACAGCUAUCCAAGUGUAAAAGAAGCAAAGCCGUCCAAGUGUACCAGGAUAGCUCUCGAAGAGGAACAGAAGGAUAACUCUCGAAGAGGAACAGAAGGUCAACUAUCCAGCUGUAACAGGACAGCGAGCAGGACAACUGCUCAAGUGUAACGGAAGCACAGCUAUCCAUGUGUAACUAGACAGCUAUCAAGGUGUUACAGAAGGAUAACUCUCAAAGAGGAACAGAAGGACAGCUAUCCAAAAAAAACCAGAAGUGUUUUCUAAGAUAAAAAAGAGAGAAAGGUUAACAUGGUUACUUCAUAACUUGCAGGAAGUCUCAAAGCAGUGUCACUAUUGCAAUUCUCAUUAUUCUUCAGGAUAUCUUCACAUUCAGCAAAUUUGAGUACAUUUAAUCUGUCAGACAUAUUCCACGGAGUUGCUGUAAGAAAACAAAGUCAUGGAACAUAUAUUUCAGCUGACUUGUUGAGGACUUCAUUCAGUAAAAUUCUACUUCUAUUGGUGGGUAAUGACUUUUGCUACGGAAAUAAGCAAUGGCAGAGUUGUUGUUUAAGGUUAUAAUAAUUGGUGAUCCCACUGUAGGAAAGACAUCAUUUGUGCAGCGGUAUGUGAAUGAUUCGUAUCGGAGGGAUUACAAAAUGACAAUAGGCGUGGACUUUGCCUUGAAGGUAAUCAAGUGGUCAGAUAACAGGACAAUCAAACUUCAACUCUGGGACAUAGCAGGUCAAGAACGGUUUACUUCAAUGACUCGAGUUUACUACAAAGAUGCUCAUGCUUGCAUCGUGAUGUUCGACUUAUCUCAGCGAGCAACAUUCCAGAGUGCAGUCAAGUGGAAAAAAGAUCUGGACACCAAAUGUUCCCUCCUAGAUGGCUCACCUGUACCCUGCUUGCUCAUUGCCAACAAGUGUGACCUUAGCCACAGAGAAGUAGAACAGGAAGAAAUAGAGGAGAUGUGUCGGGAGCAUGAGUUUGUGGGGUGGACAGAGACUUCAGUUAAAGAGGGCCUCAUGAUAGACGAAUGUAUGAGGUUUUUAAUAGAAGAAAUGGUCAACAAACAUGCAGAAAUAGAUGGAUUAUCAGAAUCUUUCACUGCAAGACGGGGUGAUGGAAUACGUUUGAAUCCUGACUCUCAGAAGUCCACAGUGUCUGGUCGCUGUAGCUGCUGAUGUUUUCUUGUUCAUUGCUGUCUCUACAAAUGCAAGAUCAACUAUCUGUCAGGGCUUUUAAUUACAUUAUUUCUGUUAAAUAAUUUACCUCAACAUCACUUAUGAAAAAUAUUUUGUCAUUUUAGUUCUGUCAUCCAUCCACCCAUCCUUAAGCACUGAAACUAAAGCUGCAGUCUUUACAUCAGCAGCUUUAGAUUUAGUAAUAAAUUCUAGGUAUUGCCCCCUGCCAAAAUCCAACAGCAUUAUUUGGUGAAAUAUAGUUGAAUAAUUAUGGGUGUGCUCUGUCUGAUUUAGUAAGCCUACAUACAUAGACACUUUUGCUAAUCCACUGUGCACGAUAACUGUGAUUGAUCAAUCAAGUGUUUACCAGUUAAUCUUUUGAUUGAGUGCAUAUGAUCAUUCCUCUCCAGGAUUGUAUUACAUGACGUGUAAUUCACUCAUGAGAUCACACCUGGAUUUGGAAUCUUUAUUUGAAGAAUUACUUCAGACACAAGAAAUGUCAAAUGUGAACAACUGAUUGCUGUGUAUCCAAGACACCAUCAGGGAUGAAUGUUGUGUUGCAUGAUUUUGUGUUCUAAAGAGUACAUACAUAUGCAUAAACACUUACUUCUUGUUUUGUACAUAUUAUGCAUUGAAAUUUGCAAAGAGCAGGGGUUACUGGGGUACUAACUUAAGAAGUCAUGCUUGGAAAUUUCUGCAAACCCAGUUGUAGCAUUCAUGACCAUUUGUUUGUGCUGUUGCUUCAUAAGAAAUAUCUGCCCAAAGUCGUUCAUACCUGGAAUCAUAUACAGUAAGCUAUGUUUAUAACAAACACUCUUAUAACAAACUGACAGUUAUGUAACAAACUGUUGUUGUUUUUUGGUCCAGACCACUUGCUGUAUGUUUUAUUAAAAAUGCAUACAACUAGCUAUAAUUAAACCGAACUAAAGUUA